AGUGGUUUAGUGCGUUUUCUUGAGCGAUUAGAUUAGUGGUUGCCCCUUAAUUGAUUGUGUUGUCAAGAAAAGAAAAGAAAAGAAGAAUGAGGUGGGAAAAGGUAGAGUCUGUAAACCCCACAAGAGAGGGACCGGGGAAGAGGUGGGGUCACACGUGCAACGCCGUUAAAGGUGGCAAACUUCUUUAUCUCUUCGGCGGUUACGGCCAAUAUAACUGUCAGACCAACCAAAUUCACGUCUUUGACACUGUGAAGCAGAGUUGGAGCCAACCUGUGAUAAAAGGGUUACCACCCACUCCUAGGGACAGCCAUAGCUGCACUCUUGUUGGUGAAAAUCUAUUUGUGUUUGGGGGUACUGAUGGGACGAAAGUGCUGAAUGAUUUGCAUGUGCUAGAUACUUCUUCACAUACAUGGAUUUCUCCAACCGUAAGAGGAGAAGAACCAGAGCCACGUGAGGGUCAUAGUGCAGCACUUGUUGGCAAACGGCUAUUUGUAUUUGGUGGUUGUGGAAAAUCUGCUGAUAAUAUUCAUGAGGUCUACUACAAUGAUCUUUACAUAUUGAAUACAGAGACGUUUGUUUGGAAGUGUGCUACAACAUCAGGCACUGCACCAUCUCCUCGUGAUAGCCAUACUUGCUCAUCUUGGAAAAACAAAAUUAUUGUGAUAGGCGGUGAAGAUGAACGUGAUUAUUAUUUGUCUGAUGUCCAUAUCCUUGAUACGGAUACUCUAAUUUGGAGGGAUCUGUGUAUGUCAGGCCAAUUGUUGACACCUCGUGCUGGUCAUUCUACAGUGUCUUUUGGCAAGAACUUGUUUGUUUUCGGCGGGUUUACUCACGCCCAAAGUCUAUACAAUGACAUGUAUAUGCUUGAUGUUGAUACUGGUAUGUGCACGAAGGUGACAACCACACCUAAUGGUCCUUCUCCCAGAUUUUCUGUAGCUGGUGACUGUUUAGACCCAUUUAAGGGUGGUGUUCUUGUAUUCAUUGGUGGUUGUAAUAAAAAUCUUGAGGCCCUGGAUGAUAUGUACUACCUAUACACAGGGAUUGCUCGGGAAAAUGAACUGAGGCCAGAGAAGUUAUCUUUAAGGAAGCAAUUGAAGCUGAAAUGCCAAGAACAAAAUCUCAAUCUUGUCGAAAACCAAGUUCUGGUUAGAUAUGGAAUGGGUAGACUAAACAUCCCAGUAAAUCAAUCUCUGCCUCCUUCUGGAAAGGAAAUGUUUCAAGCCAGUCUUACUCAAAACAUCUCGGGAGGAUAUACUAUUGAAACUGUUAUUGAUGGAAAGCUUCUUCGUGGAAUUCUGUUUUCAAACAAGCCAAACACCCUGAACCCAGCUACUCUUUUCAGUAGGAAAAGAACUUCUGGUGAAACUGUAAAUGUUGUCUCAAAUGGUGUACAUCCAAAGAAUAUAAAGACAUCUAAAGUGUUUAGGCAUGAUGGAAUGGAUGAUAUUUCUGAAGUACAGGGAGGCGGUUCAGAAUCUCAUGAACACCACAUGGAAGCUGUUGCUGCUAUUAUAUCAAGUAACCCAACAUCUACUGGUCCUUCUGAGACUAUUAAGGUUUCUCUCAACUGGGAUCCAGAAACUGUUUCUUUAAAUCAAAGUGAUGAUGAAAAAAAUGGUACACCAAAAUCCUUAGGUGAAAACUUGAAAAAUGAUAGAGCAAAUGAUGUGAUUCGUUCUGAAGGUGAAGUUCAAACUGAUGAUAAUACAAAUGCACCAACUUCCAACGAUGAAGUUCCAAGACUGCCAAGACAUGAUCAGAAGAGUGAUGCACCAAACUGCAACACUGAUGUUACUUAA